AUGAACUUUAGUGCUCUAUUUGCAAAUAUAAAAAGUUCAGAAUGCCCGUUGUCUCUUCUGAAGAGCUAUGUAAAUGAUGGCGUUGUCCUAAAGGACUUCAACAAAUGCGAGGAAAUUGGUUCACUCGUUUGCUUUCUCGUGUCUAAAACAUAUGGGCUUGGCCUCAAGAUACUCCUUGACUGUGGUUUGGAUAUGUCUGCUAGUCAUCACAUUACUGGAGACACACCAUUGAUCCUCCUUUGCAACGAAGGUUUAUGUGGUGCAACGAAACAACUAAUUGACAAAUUAGAACCGGCUAGUCUAUUUCAUUCCAAUGUCAUUGGAUUAACAGCUAUAACACAAUUGCUCUGUCGCGCUCACGGGGCUUGCAACUGCUUAGAAAGUCUUCUUUCACAUCUGUGCCUUUGCAGUGCUCUUUUACCAGUUGACUUGCGUAUGAACAGUCAUACACGCAGCAUGAGUAGUAUGGGACUUUUACAUUCAGAACCCUUAUUUGAAAAUGAUGAAGGAAGUCAGGUGUUAUUCACUGUUGAUCAGCUACUGGGACGCAUUAAGUCAGAUAAUAGUGAGCGUAUCAUCUCUGUAUUGCAACUGUGGAUAAAAGCAAAUCUUCUGCGUUUAACGUACACAACUGGAGACAGUUCUAUGCAGAAUGAACAAUUAACAUGCAACACAAAUGUUUUGGGAGAAAGGCUUCUUAGACCUUUGCUAUCAUGUGUUUUUUAUUCAAACAACAUUGGAUCCAUAAUGAAUAAACUUGAAAUAUUGAUUUGUCAAUUGCUCAUCUUAGGCCAGUUACAUGGAUGCCUUUUAAUUGAUAGUAUAACUCAGUCAAAUCCAGUAGACUCGAAAAACCAAUACUUGAAUAACAUCUUAGAAUAUAUACGAUGCCAUCUGAAUGCACCACUAAAAUUAAGACUUCUAGGGAUACGUGCAAUCCGUCGAAUUUUACAGUACCGUUUUAUAUUAAUUUGCCAGAUGACUGAUAAGUAUAAUUCGCUGAUAAAUGAAAAUGCACUUUCGUUUGUAACAUGGGUUGAUCAAUUACCUUUACCAAAUAUCAUCAAACAACAUAUUCUUUUAGAUCCAAUGACCUUAAGAACUAGUUGAACAAACAACUUUGCCCUUAUUUUUUU